AAUGACGACCGUGAAAACAAAACGCUACUUAAAGUCCUGCCUACACGCAGCUUUAGCAACAGUGAAGGUGGAGAACCUACUUCUUUCCACUACCUGCUCUGGAAACUUUUCAACCACCAGUGGAGCAGCAAUCGAGGCAGAUACAGAAUGCAACAACCUUCCUGACGCACCAGUUACACCAGAUGCAACUCCUGUAAGGAAGCUGAAGAAACAUUUGCUGAAACUAGGAAGCUUUGCUAGAGGAAGAUGGAGAAUCCACUUCUUUUAUUCCCCCAACUAAACACUUCUGCUUCAAAGGAUAAAUCCUAUUACAAAGUCAUGAAAUCAACAAAUAAAGAAGAGACGAAUAAAGCGAGCAAGCCUGGGCUACCUGAACUCUGUUGUAGAGCUAAGCAGAAGAGAAACAGGCUGAGCCUUCUCCUGCAGAAAUCUGAAUUCCACGAAGAUGAUCAUCUUGGCAAACCUGCAAACUUGAAAAAAGCAGCAAGUGUGUCUCCUGAAGAAGCAGUUAAAUGGGGUGAAUCUUUUGACAAACUGCUUUCCCAGAAAGCUGGAUUGGAUGCCUUUACGAAGUUUCUGAAAACUGAGUUCAGUGAGGAGAACAUCGAGUUCUGGAUAGCUUGUGAGGAUUACAAGAAAAGCAAAACUGCACAUGAACUUCUUGCAAAAGCUAAGACCAUUUAUGAAACAUUCAUACAGAAAGAUGCACCAAAAGAGGUGAAUCUGGACUUUCAUACCAAAGAAGUCACAAGUCAGAAUAUUGAACAGCCCAUCAUCACUGCCUUUGAUGCAGCACAAAGCACAGUCUACAAGCUGAUGGAGCAAGACAGUUACCCACGCUUCCUAAGAUCUGAUCCUUAUUUAAAUUUAGUUCAGGGGAGAAAUCCCAGUCGUCCUGCUCUUAGGAGACGAUCGCGGUCUUUUACUGUCAAUGAAUUCCAGGAUGUGCGAUCAGACUUCACCAUUUGGUAAUAGGGAAACUCAGCCCACAUGUAUUCUAGCUACUGCAGCAAAUCAUAUCCAAAUUUUUAAAAUUUUAAAAUCCUAAUUUUUAGCUAGUGUAAAUGUGUGCGACUUCAGCACAGUCACACCCACUCAUAUCAGGUCAGAAUUCUGUAGCUAGUGAUUAAUCUCAUUUAUGACAGAGAAGUAGGCAACAUAUUGACAAGACACAUUAGAUUUAAAGUGUUCAUAUAGUAUUUUUUUAAACUCAAGCAAGAUUUGUAAUUAUAUUUGGUGGAGGACUCUGAUUUUCCUACAUAAAAAUGUUGUUUAAAAUGCCAGUUGAUAAUAUCCAUCACGUAUCCUGGCCCUGUAUUAUUUAGAACAGAGUUUUGUCACAAAUUGAAUCUAUAGACCCAGCCUUCGCACACAAGUAUGUUUUUGCAAUAUUUCCUACACUAAGCGCAGACUUUUUGUGGUAUUUUCUCAUACUGUAGAGCACACGGGAACAUUAAUUAGGCAAAAAGUAAAAUUACAAGGAUUUUAACUACAGCCACUGCAUAAGUAAAAUUUAGCUAUUGCAUAAUUUAAGAGGAACAUAAGAAUAUCUAUUUAAUUUUAACAGCAGUGUAUUUUAUACUCUUUUCUUCCUACAUGUCUGUUUUGUGUAUUUAAAUUAUGCUGUAUAGAUUUGCUUUGCCAUCAAAUAUUUGUAUUCUAAUUUUUUGCAAACAAAUAGCAGUAACAAAGGGCCAAGAAUGUUAUUUUAACAGACAGUGUGUCAUUAAACACCAGGUCAAUGUACAUAUAUGUAUAUAUAUAUAAAAAAUAUAUGUACACAUUUACUUUCAUUUGUAAAUAUUCAUGCUAUCCUAUUUUUAUUACUAAACUUUGUUCUAAAGGUAGAAUGACCUUCAGUUCUACCUAUCAUUAAUAUAUUCUCUAUGGGGAAAUGACAGGAAGAAGGAAAAAUUCCCCCUUUUAUUUCUUUACUACUCAAGUCAUGCAUACCAUUUUUGUAGUCAGCAUAUGCAAUUAUCCUGCCUCCCCCCCCCCCCCCCCCCCCCCCCCCAGGAUUGAUGCAGAAAUAUCUUGAAGCAUGUGGCAGUUCUUAAAAUUUUAAUCAUUGGUUACAUUUGACAAUUGAGUUACUGCAAGCCUGUGAUUUGUAUAUUCAGUCAUCUUGCAUGGAAUUUAAGUUUUCUCCUCUUUUUCCCCCCUUUCUGUAAGCAGUCAAAGUGAAGAGGUGCAGUGCCUGGGGACAGGACUUUAUAUGUUCACUUCUAAUUCAGGGUAUAUGUGAAUGGCUAAGUCUGAGAGCUUUCAGUGUCCAUUUUACUAACUUUCAAUAAAUGCAAAGUGAUCUAUUUAAAAA